UACAUCCAGAAAGGAGGAAGAAUUUGCCUUCAUUUUCUUUCUCCGAUUGCAUCACGUCAAGCCCUCCAAGUUCUCACGCUCAAGGAAUUGUUUUUAGGAUGUCGAAUUUGUACGGGGAUUACAGCCAAAAGAUUGAUUACGUGUUCAAGGUGGUGUUGAUUGGGGACUCCGCAGUUGGCAAAACUCAACUUCUUGCACGCUUUUCAAGGAACGAAUUCAGCUUCGAUUCUAAGGCAACCAUUGGGGUUGAGUUUCAGACUAAAACACUCAUCAUUGAUAACAAGACCGUCAAAUCUCAGAUUUGGGACACCGCUGGCCAAGAAAGGUACAGGGCAGUUACAAGUGCAUACUAUCGAGGUGCUGUAGGGGCAAUGUUAGUUUAUGACAUGACUAAGCGUCAAUCAUUUGACCACAUGGUAAGGUGGUUGGAAGAGUUGCGAGGUCAUGCUGACUCAAGUAUUAUCGUCAUGCUAAUUGGGAACAAAAGUGAUUUGGCAAGCCUUAGAGCAGUGCCAAUGGAAGAUGCAGAGGAGUUUGCACAAAGAGAGAAUUUGUUCUUUAUGGAGACAUCAGCACUUGAGUCCACUAAUGUUGAAACUUGCUUUUUGACCAUUCUAACUGAGAUAUAUCGGAUUCAUGCCAAGAAAUCACUCACUGCGAAUGAUGAUGAUAAUGGGGGUUCAGGGCUUCUUAAGGGAAGCAGAAUAAUUGUUUCCAACCAAGAAAUUGAUAAUGCUGGAAAAAAAGGUUGUUGUUUUGCCUCCUAGCUUUUGUGUAUUUUAGCUCUUCUUGGUUGUUAGAUCUUCUUGGGAAGCGUAUUGCUGUCUUAAGUUUUGCCUAUUUACGUCAUGGGUGUUUGUAGAGAGUAAUUACUUUUCUUGAUGAUUAUCCCCUUAGUCACCAGCCAUGUUUAGGCUAUGUGUAUUUAAAUUUGUGAAUACAAUCAUACAAGUUCUCCCUUCAACAAGGUGAUGGAUGAUGAAUAGAAGAAACAAUUUUAA